CCACUGAAGCAAUCCGUAUCACUUGGUUGGCUGACUCCGGUGUGAAUCGUUUAUCCUCCCGCGUUGACCUGUGUAUCGUAAAGUUGAAAAUGCAAAUUUAUAGAUUUACAGUGCUCUCCGCAGUGGUUCUCUGCGUAUGGGAAGUUUCGACCGAAGAAACCAAGACGUUUCCAGGAGCUGAGAUCAUAAUACCGGCUGUUAUAGCCCAGGUUGCUCCUGCGAUAAUUGGCGCUAUUAUUGGUGGGAUCGGGGGAGGCACCCGACCACCUGUUCGCCCAAUAUCAGCUUCUCAUACGACGUCGUUGGCAACGUCUAUCGCUAAUAAGCCGAUUGUUGUGAGUUCACAUUUCACCAACAGUCAUAGCGGAUCCAUUUCGACCACCUCCAGUACGAUCGCUGGCUCGCAUGCAUCGGCAGCCGGUCCUAGUUCGCUCGUGUCCAGUUCGAGCAGUGCAGGAGCCAAUACAUUGGAAGGCAUCUCCAAACGGUGGCAGACAUUUUUCAAGAACAUAAGAUAGAUCCGGAACACUUCUGGAGGGGGGCAUUAGGCCAUUCGCGAGCGUGAAAUAAUCUGCAGUGCAGAAGAAAGCAACACAAAGCCAAAGCAAUAAAAAACGAUCUAACGAAGAAAGAAAGACUCAUCCAAACUAGCAACCCUAUAACCAGAGACCGGCGGAGUGAAAAACUGACGAAAUGGCAACGUAUGAAAAUGCAUGAAAUCGUUUAAAUUAUACUGGCAACACUUGAACUUUUUGCUUGCUUCUUAUGGAAGCAAAAAGUAAACAAGUCGAAUUGGAACCGCUUUUGACGGUUCGAUUGGAAACAAGAUGGCGUCUUCGCCGAUCUCUUAUUCUAGUAUUUCUAAUCCAAACAGGUUUAUGGCGGGGUAACUGUUGCUGUGCGUUUUUUUCAGGUGGUUGUUCUAAAACCUGAACGUGAUGCGACUAAUUUGCUCAAACAGUUGAUUUAUACGUAAAAGUAUGUAGGUGACCCAUUUUGUAUCGUAACAAUUUUUAAAGGGCGAUUACAACCUUGGUUAGAACAAUUUUUAAUAUUCUUAUUCAUCCACUUAAGACCAACAUAAGUUUUGAAAUAAUUGAACAGUCAUAAAGUGAAACGGGGACGC